AUUUUAUUACUGUACAGUCCCCUUCGCGAUCCCCUGUGCCACGCCUCGUAAAUGUUUUAUAUCAGUAAUACGGGCAUGGUUGCACAAAUUGUUUUGGAGGGUGUACGGCGUGUGAAAUAAGUAGCGUGAAUUUGUUAUUCCACACCGAUAAAGUAAAUAUUAAGUUCCUUCAUGUAUUUUCGACACAUAAUAUAACGAGUUGCGUACAAGCCGCUUCCUCUCUGCAGCGGAAGGCAUGCAUGCGCUUCGAGUUGAAACUCGCUGUCUGUAUAAAGAGUAGUGAUUUAUCAGAUUUUCACCAUACUACAAAAGUUACAAUUUUGCUAAAGUCUGAAUUCAGGAAUGCUUUACCGCAGUAUUUAGAAAUGCAGCAAUUAGCGUCUAUUAAGAUUAAUGAUUGUACGUGUGUGAAUAUAUAUUUGUGCCAUGAAGUAAAAAUGAAUUAUAAUUGGAUGUUGAAGUAGUAUGGGUGCAACAAUAUGAGACCGUCAGAUUCAAGAUCAGUGACUGUUCUGCCUGGGACUUCUGGAGAAUCCCAACACAGUAAAGAAGUAGUUUUACCACCACUGACAUCUCAUUAUCCACAAUGGAGCAGAGGAGGAAAAUUAGGAAUUGGUCUGUGUCCAAGACCUCUGUCCAAUGACAAUGAAAAUGGUUUGCCUUGUCAACAGAGCAGCCUCAGUGUAAAGGUUAACAAGAAAGGUCCUGAUCUGUCAUUAGUGGGAAGAUCAGAAGGUCUUGUGAUGGCACCAGCUGAUCCCCUCUUGCGAAUUACACAACUUGAACAGAACAUCAGAUUUCUUCAAGACCAACACAAACUCAUGUUGACUAGUCUUCACCAAGAAGUGGAACAGUUAAGACAAGCAAACAGAGAUCUGCAGUUCCAGCUUGUGUUUUCCAAAAGUGGAUUUAUUCAGAGUAGUCCAUCACCUUCAUCCCCUGAAGAUGAGAGUAAACCAAAGAUAAUAUUAAGUCCAAAGCAACUGAAUAUGACUUCACUGCAAGUUGAGAUCUUGGAAAAGGAAAUUUCAGAAUUAAAGGCAGCUCUUCAAGAAGCCAAGACCAAGAAUGUGUAUCUCACUGGAAUUGUUGAAGAGCAGAAAAAUAUCUAUGUGUUGCUAUGUAGGAAGCUCGAGAGGCUUGAAUGUAGAAGAAAAGAAUUGGAAGCGGUUGGGAAUAAGAUAACACCAGGAAUGAAAUUGGAUGCUCAGAAUCAAGCUGGUACAUCCAUGACUAAUGACAGUACCAUCUCCCAAGAAGUACUGGAUGAACAGACCUUGGCAGUGAAACUUGAAGAGGCAGAGAAAAUUAUAAGACGUCUUCGCCGAGAAAAUGAAGAGAACAGGAGAGAAUUGGCAGUAAUUCGAGCUAAUCUCAGUAAGAGCCUGGGUGGCAGCGGAGGAGGACGUCAACUUGGAGGUGGGGGAGGAAAUAGUCAUCGUGGAGGUGGCAGCAGUGGCGGUGGAGGCAGUCAUCAUAGAUCUCACAAUCAGCAACAGUCACAGUCACAGAGGUUUCCUCCACUCCAUACACAGAGCUACUGGCACCAUGGGCAGCAGGCUCAACACAGAGGAGGGAUUGAGUUUGUGUCACAUCGACACUGUGCUAAUGGUGGCAGUAAUGGUGUUGGACGUCUAGAGAAAGAAACACAGCUAGUGGGGCGUCCUGCCCCAUCCCUUCCAAACCUUCGCAACAAUGGUACAUCAAGUGGGUAUGGAUUCUCAAAUAGUAACAAUGGUAACUCUCAUCGUCGUGGUGGUCACUUCAAUGGUAAUGGUAAUCAUUAUUACCGUGGCAGUAAGGAUGAGGUUGGAGAUGGUGGAAGGAAGUAUCGUGGUGGUGGAGGAAGUAGAGGCAGCCGGGAAAGAAAACAAUAGUUACUAUUAUGAUAUUACAGCUAUUUCAUACAGCAGCAGGUCACAAAGAACUUUUAAUCUAGAAGUUUUUUUUACAUACUUUUGUUUAAUGUUUAUAGCUUCAGGAUACAUAUAUUUCUUACAGAAUUUGAAGUGUAUUAACUUGCCUCAGUCUACUUAUUUAGCCCAUUUCAUCUAUGGUAUAACUAGGUACUGAAGAUCAAGCUUGUUUGCUUUGUAAAGGGCAGUGUAAUGUGCAAUACAAUGCUUAGGGUAGUAUUAAUUUAAGUCAGAGAUUUCUGAAUGUGUGAUUUCUCUAAAAAUACUGUACUAUUUUACUUAGUAGUUUGUUAACUUGUACGCUAGGUAUUAUAAACUGACCAUUUAAUUUUGACUGUUAAUAAGUUGAAGUAUGCAGGAUAUUUUAUUUUACACAUACAAAUCCAAUUCUUAUGAAUUUUCAAUAACUAAUUUUCAUAUGUAUAUAUUAAUAUGUUGAAAGUACAGUAUUAUAUUCCAUUUAGUUUACAUUCCAAAAUUGGUAGAAACAUUUAUACUUUGAAGUCAGUUAUAUAAUUUUCGCAUCUUAACAAUGGAUAUUUAAAAAUUAAGAUAGGCCCAGUUUUGUUAAUAUUUGUUUCUUUGAGACAUUAAAGAAAUAAUUCAUUGUAAUCAUAAACGCUUACUGAAGUUGUAGCAUUGUUUAUACUUUUCAACUUUCUACAUAUGGCAAAAUGUAUGUCAGUGUGCAGUACUGUUUCUUAAAAGUCCAGGUAGACAUGAUUAACUGUGGUAACUGUAGGUUUGGAGGAAUGAGUCAUCAGAGUACUUACCGAAUUUUUCUAUUAAGGCAAAGAACUGUACCAGUAUAAGAAAUGCAGGCAAUGAGAGUUGGAUUCCAGUACUUUAUAUUGUGCAUCUAUUUGUUAUAAUAAUUGUGAUUAUAAUAUGAUCUUCAGUGCAUGAGAAAUGGAUAUAAGCAGCUUGUAUCUUAGAUUGAUAACAAAAUAUUUAAAUAGUUUCCUAGACUUGUUUAAAAUUGUUAAAUAGCAACUGUGCCAAUACCCAUUGCAUGACACCUGUCAGAUAUAUUCAAAAAUAAAAUAUGAACACCAUGCACUGGGUUCUCUAACACAGCCAGUGGACUUUGGCUCCAUCUAGCUUUAUAGUAUUUGAACUUACUCUGAAUGAUUCACUUGGAAAAAGCGUAAGUUGCAAGUACUCUCAAACUACAUACAGAAAUGGGGCUUGGACUGGGGAAAUAAACAGUACUUUGUUACAUUUUAUCUGCUAGACAUUUUAUGUGGAUGUAUAGAAUAAAUAUUCAUAGCAAGUCAGAAUUUGGUUGAAGUACCAUAGAUAUAAACAAAUUAAUAUGAUUUUUUCCAGGUCAGAAACAAAUAAUUUUAUUAUUUCCAGUUGAAUUUGUAAAAUUGUGUGUAUAGAGAUGUUUUAACCUUUUCUAGAGAUCAAGGAACUACUCUAAUAAAUUACAUGACAGAACAAACAAAAAUGUUUCAGCACUUUCAAAUUCAGUUAAGACUUUGAUGAUUACUUUAAUGAACAAAAUUUCAUAAUUAUGUAAUGUUUUAGUGUCAGAACACAAGACUUUUCAUCAUAAUGUGUAUGCAUGUGUGUGUAUACACACACACCAGAGCUGUUCAUAAAGUUAACCCUCUUCCUGCCAAGAUUAAUGCUAUACCUUAUGCAGGUAUUAAAAACCUAUUCUUUUGUUCACUCUUUACUGCAGUUUUGCCUACAGCCAGUGUAACCAAGAUGAACAAAAUGUUGUGUUGAAAAUCAGAUUUGUUUCAGAGUUACAUUAUCUAAUUGUUUUAACUAGACAUAAUUAAGGAAGAUCUGGCUGAACUGGCCUCUUCACCUCAGGUAGGUCAUUGGUAAGUAGAGGGGUGAUAUACAUACAGUUCUUAAUACACAGAUAUAGGCCAUUAACUCAUAAACCAUUGUGAUACAGAAUCCAGUUACCAAGUAAGAUUUAUAAUUAAUAAAGUUAAUUGUAUUUGUAACUGAUGUAAUGCAAAUUCAUCUUUUCAUGAAAGGGUUUUGCCAGUGCCUGCAAAACAUGUACUCACAGAUUGCUAAUAAACUGCAAACUUGCUUGUAAGAA